UCAUGGGCAGGCUGGUGUGCAGUGUGUGCGCAAAGGAUUGUGGGCUCGGCGCGUAUGUUUCCAUCAUGGCGGCGUCAAUUUCGGGAUACACUUUUAGUUCUGUGUGUUAUCACAGUGCCAACACCAAUUCCGAUCAUGAGGGCUUCCUGUUGGGAGAAGUGAGACAAGAGGAGACUUUAAGCAUCAGUGACUCACACAUCGGUAGCUCAGAAUUCGUCAGUGUAAUAGAGGUCCAUAAUCAUGAACCUUGUGCACAACUGUUUAGCUUUUAUGACUAUGCAGGUAACGUCAAUGAAGAAAAUCUCAACAGAAUCCUCAAGGACAGAAGAAAAAAUGUUAUUGGCUGGUACCGGUUUAGAAGGAACACUCAACAGCAGAUGUCAUUCAGGGAGCAGGUGAUCCAUAAGCAGUUGACCCAUAUACUUGGCAUCCCAGAUCUGGUCUUCCUCCUGUUCAGCUUCAUCUCCACUGCCAAUAGUUCCACACAUGCUUUGGAGUAUGUGCUCUUCAGGCCCAACAGAAAUAGCUAUAAUCAGAGGAUAUCUCUAAGCAUCCCAAACCUGGGUAAUACCAGUCAGCAGGAAUAUAAAGUCUCAUCUGUGCCGAACACCUCCAAGAACUACGCCAGUGUCAUUCAAGAACAUGGGACUGAGUUUUUUGAUAAGGAUGGGGUGAUGAAGGACAUUCGAGCUAUUUUUCAAGUAUACAGUGCCCUUCAAGAAAGAGUGCAGGCGGUGUGUUGUGAAGUAGAUCAAAGUGAACGAGUGAGGGAGAAAAUCCAAGAAGAAGUGAACAAACUCAAAGAGGAAAUCGCUCUCAGGAAACGGAACAGCGCUGAGGAAGAGAGAAGACUCCAAGAGGCGGCCGCUGUCACGCUUCCUGAUAACUCUGCCCUUCCUGACUCCUCACAGUCUUCACCAACUCAAGUCGUGCCCUCAGGUCCCUCGGUGGAGAGACCCGUGAACUCGUCAUCUCCACCAAUCUACAGCACCACACUGCCUCCAGAUUCACCAAGCGCUAUACUGCUACCGCGGCCCCAAGCCGUAGGUUCGCCCGGUCACCCGUCUCCCAGUCUGGGCCUGGGCAACGGAGACGGUUCAAGCUCCGAUUCCCUGAACCGCCAGGCCACCGGCCAGGAAGACCAGGAGGACGGCGACGACGAUGACGAGGACAGUAGCGAGUACGAAAAUUUAGUUAGCGAGCAAUUGCAACCACCUUCCUUAACAGAAACUGUUACAUUAGGACGACCGGCUACACUGUGGCCCGACGGAGACGCCCACAGCCCGCCAGGCUCGUAGUAAUCAAACAAACCAACGGGGAUACUGAUGAACGAACAGAACUAGGUGUGAUCGUGAGGUCAUGGUGUUCGGAACACAAACAAGCACUUGCCUUUUGUGAAUUAUGACAAUGCUGUCCUAUUGCACACAUUUAACAGCUCUGUGCAGGACAGCGGAAUGGAAUGAUAUCCCCAUCUGGAUCCACACGUCCCUUUUUCUCCGUUUCAUGCUCUCCUCUCUGGUUUCGUUUGGGUGGAGAGGUGCAGCCUGCUUAUCUCGGCGUCUGCCCCUCACUGGAGUCAUUCGGUUCUUGCACCAUUUACCUCUUGCACUGUUUUGCCUUCUUUUGAUCUGCAUUUGUAAAAGCAAAGGGAAUGUCUUUUUUUUGUUGCAGCCUUCAAACACGUCUCUGUGUGAGCUUAUUAUAUCUUCAUUGUCUUGCUUCAUAAAUCUGAAUGGACAGAAAAAAAUCAGUUAUAAUAAGUGCUUAGGACUACAGCUGACCCUGUAGAAAAUUUUAUUUUAUUUUUGGUUUUAUCAGUUAUAUUUGAUUUGAUUGAGUAAUAUAAUGGCCUAUUCUUAAAAAAAUCAUUUUUGGUCAACGAUUAUAAAAGUAACUUUGAUAAGGGGUGCUUGUAUUUUCUAUGACAUACUGUAGAUCACUACUAAUUUCAUUGGCUUAAACACAUUUUUUCCUAAUGAAUGAAUCAAAUUUGAUAUUUCUUUAUGCUGAACCUCAAACUUUCACCAUUGAGCUUUAAACGAAUAUUCCGGUCGUACGGUUUGACGGAGCCAUCAGAAAUUGGAAGGGUCAGAAUGCAGCAUCAUCGAUCUCAGGAUUCUUUUACAGUUCCAGGACUGCUGUUUUCUCACAUCAUCUUGUCCACAUGCAUUUGUUCUUUAGUUGAGAAGACAUGAUUGCUCAAAGCAAUGCAGCGGUGAAUCAGUUUAGAGAUCUGUGAUCACGUGUAAUAAAGAUUUCAGCCAUAUGCAGCAGAUCUUUAAAGGUAGAAGCAGUUUUGUCAUCUGUUAGUGGAUGUUUUGCUACAUCUGAUCAAACCAAAAUGACGUUUUCCCUCAAAAGUUUGUGUGUGUGUGAAUCUCAGAAAAACAUGACUGGGUCAUUUUACCAUUAACCAUUAUAUAAUAAUAACUUGCCAC